UCCGGCCUACAGUGCUGAUCUGUUUCUGUCGGUGCGAACACUAGUACAACCGUGAAGAUCUGUGUCGCCGUGAACACACUGUAUUAGUGUAUAUCGUUUUUGCAGGAUCUGCAGUUUGACCUACAUGCAUAUGGCGACUAUGAUCGGAUCUCAUCUGACACAAGGGGAGGGGGGGGAUGGACAUGGUUCUCCCCGUACCCUCAAGUGCAGUUUUUGCGACAAGGAGUUUCUAUGCAAAAGGAAGCUCAAUCGACACCUGCGAACUCACACUGGUGAGAGACCAUACCAGUGUGGUGAAUGUGGGAGACGGUUUAGUUAUCUGUCAGCGCUGAAGAACCACAUUCGGACUCACACAGGUGAGAGACCAUAUAGUUGUGAGGAAUGCAAUCUACAGCUAAGUCGGCUGGAUGAUCUAAGGAGACACAUGCGGACUCACACCGGUGAGAAACCUCACCGAUGUGAGGAGUGCAGCAGGCAGUUCAGUACUUCGAGCGAGCUGAAGAUGCAUAUUCGAACUCACACCGGUGAAAAACCGUACACGUGUGAUCAUUGCAACCGAGGCUUCAGUCAGUUAGCUCAUCUGGAGACCCACAUACUAACUCACACAGGUGCAAAACCCUACAGGUGUGAGGAGUGCAGCCGACAGUUCAGAGCUUUGGGUAAUUUAAAAACGCACAUGAGAAUUCACACUGGUGAAAAACCGUACACGUGUGAUCAUUGCAACAAAGGCUUCAGUCAGUUAGCUCAUCUGAAGACCCACAUGCGGACACACACGGGGGAAACCCCGUACAGAUGUGAUGAAUGUAGCAAGCAGUUCACUACGUUGACACAUUUAAAGAGUCAUAUGCGGACUCACACUGGAGAAAAACCGUACAGGUGCGAUGUGUGCAGUCAACAGUUCUCACAGUUGUCCAAUUUGAAAAGACAUACGCGGACGCACACUGUUAAUAGAUAGAGUUUGUAACAUAUGCGGCAGAAAGUUGUGGUUUAAUAUUACAGAAGCUCUCCUGGCCUAAGAAGGGUGGUAUAAAACCUGUGAUGGAUUGGAAUGUAAAAAAAAAAAACGAUUGUAAUUAUAGAUUCUUUCUAACUAGCUUAUACCAUAGGCAUCACUUUCGUCGCAUGUAUUUUGUAGGUUAUUAAGUAGAAUCAGAAGUAUUAUGUAAAAAACGACUGCGGUUUGUUUGAAUACAAUUGAUGGUACGAUUUCGUUCGCUUGAUGUAAAGGUGUCGUCGUUUAUAGCCAAAGCACUUAGUAUUUUCUCAUGUUUAGUUACUGAAGUUUUUCUUGUUACUAGAUAAUUCUGUAGUUAUUGAAAUACACCAGACCCUUAGCGUUUUGAAUUAGCUUCGGAAAAAUUUAGUUAUGGAGGCUGCUAACUAUAGAUCUAUUGUUUUACUCUCCAAGCAGAGGUUAGGCUUUGGCUGUUUUUUCAACGUUUGUUUUAGUCGUCGUCAUCGGGCUUUCUAUUUUACCAUUUUUUUUCGCUGUGUCCAACCUCAGUUAGGGUGGGCACAGCAAAAAAAAAAUGACAAAAUAGAAAGCCCGAUAAAAACGACUAAAGAAAACGUUAAAAAAACGUUAACAGUUGGAGCCUAAUUUCUGCUUGGAGAGUACUAUAAUUGUUUGUGUUCAUAAUGUGCUGUAGGGUAAUAGAGGUUUGUCAACCUUUCGUGCAUCUAAGUUUCCUCAAUAAACUAAUUACACAA